AUGGAGCAAAGCCACGCCGCACUUUUGGCGAUAGAACGUUUGUAUCAUGGGCGAAAGACAGAUUCUAAAUCAUCAAAACAGCCAGACACUCCGAACUGGAAUAUGUGUUCACUAGCUCUUGAAUGCGGUGUGCGAUUGAAGGAGCCCAAGGGUCAAGUCGUUGUGGCAGUGAUUGGCGAUGCACUUUCUGGGAAGAGCAGUUUUCUCAAUGCUUGUGCUGAAGAGCUCGUUUUUCCUCGAAGGCCAGUCCAAGCACCGAAAGCAUUCGAGUUGAAAGCAGCUGUCCAUUGGGCCCAGUGGGCAGUGUCAGAAGAUGUCGAAGAGGGGGAAUGGCCCGGACUUCUUGUACGCCUCAUUCAAAGGUUCCCUUCUUUGGAGCCCAAGAAGGCUGUGAAGGUUUGUCGGGUGGCUGGUAGCCGUUUGAAAGGUCUCCAGCUGAUUGAAGUCCGUGCUCCAAGUGAUGUGACUGAAAAUGACUUGGACAUUGUGAAAAUCCUUCUUUCCCAAGUCGACAUUGUGGUAUGUCUUCUGGACUCGCAGGCUAAGCAACCUGCCAGUGAUGACUUGCUAACACUACUUUCCAGCGUGUUGGCUUCUGAGGAACCGCCUGUACUUCAUUUCCUUUUGGCUAAGGCAGAUCUGGUCGCUCGGGAAUCUGACCGAAUACGUCUCAUUGCAAAGGCAUCCCGUUUGCUGCAGGAGCGGCUUGGCCGGGGUUUUGAAAUCCUGCCUGCUGCGAGUGAUCUGAAUUCGCUCCUUGACAUUAUCGAAGAUUGCAUGCCGAAAUGGGAUGCCGGACGGAUGCGCACUUGGCAGCUUUCUCAGGACUUGAUUUGUCAACGAAUGAAAGCAGGGAUGAGAGAUUUGCAGCUAGACCUUGAGGCUUUAAAAAGUGCUGUCGCUUCUCAACGGCGAGACCCACAAGCAACCAGCAACCACUUGAUGUGGUGUGGAGCUGCUUUUGUUAUUGUGACUGGCAUAGUUCCAUUUGUCCUGGAUGAGGAGCAAGAUGCUUCUUUGGUCCCAAUAUUUAUGGCAGCGACUCUGGUGCUGGCCUUUAUUUGUUUGCUUGGAGCCGUUUUUUUCAGUCGUGGCGUGUCCAAGCCAAAGGGUGAAACCGAUCUCAGUGAGCAGGAGCGCUUCCUCUCAUUGUUGGAGAAGCAGGUUGAGGUGUGGAAUGCACACGAAGGCAAUUCAAGUGAGACCCGUGAGGAUCAAGGCGAGCAAAUGCAGGCUCAGUUUGGUGAUGGACGGACUAGAACAAACCGAUCAUAA